GUUCUUCCCUCUAGCUCCCACGUUAGCUGACUUGCUCCGCGUGACACUGUUCUAAAGAAUCAUCUAGGCCAAUUCGCUCACUAGUAAUUCUGUGGAUUUAGUCCACCCUACUUGGCAUCCAAAGCGAGUGGGGUAGGUAAUUUUGUAUGGAUUGCCCAGAGUAGAUGGCUCACACUUCUGUCUCUAUGGGGUUCAUCACCCUUGUCUUUUCUAAGCUUAUAAACAGUCGACUGCCUCCCGUAGGUUUCCUUUGCACUAUCGACGAAGACUUUUUGUGCUCAACAAGCAUCAUAACUUCGCUUUCCAAUAUACUCCGCACUCCGAGCAUUGCCCUUCUCAAACAAAAGGCCCUUGAACAUACGAUACCAUCUCUAGGAUGAAGCAUUUCUUCACCAAUCUCUUCAACAAGAUCUUCAGCCGCGGCGAGCGUGACCAGUCCCAGGAUGUUUCUGGUGCCUCUAGAAACGAUGCUAUCGGUCCCAGAGUUCUCCAUGACGGCUCCUUUGAUACAUCUGUCGGGGUAGAUGUUGUCUUUAUCCACGGCCUUCGAGGUUCUCGUGUUCAGACUUGGUCAGCCGGAGAGUAUUUCUGGCCAAAGGACUUCCUAUCAGAGGACCUGGAGAAUGCAAGAAUCAUCACCUGGGGGUACGACGCAAACGUAGCUAAUGGUUUCAGCUAUGCAAGCAGGGAGAGUAUACGUGGUCAUGCUGAGACGCUGCUUCGUGAUCUAUACAGAAUCCGACGCUCGACUACACGGCCAAUCAUCUUUGUCUGUCAUAGCCUCGGAGGCUUGGUUUGCAAGGAGGCUCUGAUCAUAGCUGCCGCGUAUGAUAAGCACCAACGCCACCCUAACCUUGCCGCUACCUAUGCCAACACUAGAGGAGUAAUUUUCCUCGGAACACCACAUCGCGGAAGCGAAACGGCGGCUCUAGGACAAGUGCUUGCCAAGAUUGCCGUCCUUCAUCAGCCGAAUAUACAGCUGCUUGAGUCCCUUCAAGUGGAUUCUCACACUCUAGAGAGGCAGCGUGAAGAAUUCAUUACCAUCUCUAGGAGUCUCUCUAUCGUGUGUGUGAGAGAGGAAUUACCAACACGUAUCGGCAUGAUUGUGUCAGAGGCAUCAGCAUCCUAUGAUGGCUUUGAAAUUGAGAGGGGAGCCAUUCCUGCUGAUCAUGUCAAUAUGGUCAAAUUUAGGAGCAAGGAGGAUAUAGGUUAUGAAAGGGUUCUGUCUUGGAUUCAAGAGAUGCAGGGCUAGAGCCUCAUGUGAUAAUGUUUAGUUGGGAACCAAGUCCCUACCUUGAGAUGCGCUGCAACCUGUAGAGAAUGGCCACGCUAAUAGAGUAAUUUUAUGUUCAAAGUAUAAUAGUAGAUAUUUAAUACAUACUAUGAAAUUACUAAGUUUCAGC